AGAGCAGGGUGCUGUUCUCUUGGUAUGCAGGGAUGUAUCCUGUACGUGAUACCCGAGAGAGAAGAAGAUCAAUGGCUUAGCUGGACAAGCCGUGGCGAAAGUCCAAUAUACCCAUUUACAUGGGUACUUGUGGAGGGCUUCCUCCCCUCGUCGAUCAGCUCAGCCUCGCUCAUCUCGGCCAUUCCGGCCAGCAGCCAUCCAGCCAGCCACAACAUCCUCGAACCAGGACAGUCAAGUCAAGUCAGCCAUGGCAAGCUCGGUAUGUGGAAGCGACUGCAUCUCAAUCGAUCGAUCGAUCAGUCAAUCAGGAAAAUCCAUCCAUCCAACCAUUCUCAUCCGAGCAUAUCCGUCUUAGCGACGAGGAAGAAACAUGGCACCCAAUAACCCAGUGGGGUCCAACAGUGGAGCAAACAGGGAUGUAUUUGUAUUUGCAAGCAAUAAACCACAACCACCCAAGCGACACGCCGGGGACCAGGCUGGAAUCAAAAGACGCCGCAUGCAACGCGCAGAGAUAUGAUUGUCCACUCAGACGCAGGAAAGACUCUUGGGUGGCUUCGGGACGGGGAGGAAAUAGCGUUGUUUCUGGGGAGAGAGCCCUGUAUCGGGGAUUAGAUUGGACAUGGGUCCUGGGGUGAGGGAAGCCAAUGCUCCGGGGGGCUCAUUGGCUAGGGAG